AUGACGGCCCGAGGAUCAAUUCUGUUCGUCGACGCUUACGAUUCCUUUGCUGAGAACAUUGCUGCUCUCCUUCAUCAACAACUCUCUGUUGAAGUGAUCUUGAUCAGGAUUGACUCUGACAUUCCAAGUCAAUUUCGCCUCUCCCAUCAGGAAUUCUUUUCUAGCUUUGAUGCUAUUGUUCUUGGGCCUGGCCCGGGGAAUCCUCAAGAAGAAUCCGAUGUCGGCCUGUUCAACCAGGUCUGGGAGUAUGCCGCAAAGGACAAUAUCCCUGUGCUCGGUAUUUGUCUAGGUUUCCAAAGUCUCUGUGCUCGGUAUGGACUCCCUGUGGUUCGGAUGGACCUACCUUGCCACGGCCACGCAAAACAAGUAUACCAUGCGAACAAGGACAUCUUCACGAAAUCAGGAGAUAUCCUCGCUACCAAUUACAACAGUCUGGGCUUGCGAUUAAAGGAUGUCAAGCAGGAUUCCACACCGAGAAGGCCAAGUUCUUCCGGGUCUAUCGAUAGCGAUUCCUUCACUCAAAGUCUUCAGUUCGCCACACCAAUUUUUUCAAAGUCAAGACACGACGGACCGGGAUUUGGCCCCGCGGAUAACCUCGACGUUUUGGCCUGGGACAGGGAUGAAUGGGUGAUGGCUGUUAGACAUAAAUACUACCCGUUCCAUGGUCUCCAGUUCCAUCCAGAGUCGUGCAAAUCGACCCUAGCUUGCCAGCAAGUCAUCAGACAGUGGUGGGAAGCCGCUAAGGCACAUAACAAACUAUGCAGAUCACACCCAUCAAUUUCCACGGGAAGGCGGCGUGAUGUCAGUCAGGCAGACCCCUUAGAACACAGGAGCGCAGAUUUCAACUCUCUGCAAAUGAAGCUGGCCGAGCUCGGGAGGGUAUGCGGUGGAAAAGUGAUACGCACAACAGUCCCUACGACCUCGAGGGGCGAGGAAAUUGCUUCCUUAUGUCACCUAAUGUCGCCCUUGCAUGCUUCCGUUAUGCUGGAAUCUACCAAGAAUGGACGGUAUAGCAUUUACGCGUUUCCCGAUGCCACCAGCUUCCAAGUCGAAUACGCCGCAGGUCAAUGCAGAUUGAUGCAGGAUCAGGCUCUCAUGGGCAGGUUUCGAGUCAGACGAGAAGAAGUAGCGACUCUCUUGGAAUCCUUCCUCUGCAGCAAAAGUACAAAAGAUGAUAACUCCAACGCUCCAUUCCGAGGCGGAUUCAUGGGAUUCUUAUCCUACGAAUUCGGUACCGAGUCGUUACAUCUUGAUGUUCCCCCUCGAACUGGCCCGGAGCCACGCACGCCAGAUAUCAGCCUUCUUUGGGUAGACCAGUGCAUUGUAGUCGACCACCAAACUGCGUCGGCACAUAUUCAAUCGAUCAGAGAGAAUGGCAAAUUCUGGGUUGAAGGAAUGGUCGCUCGUGUCGAGAAGAUGAAUCAGCCCAAGACAUCGAGCUCAGAGCCCACUUUUGCGGCCGAAAAGCGAGAAGACGCAAUGCUCCUUCGUGACACCUUAUCCUCCGCUACAUUCAUGCUCCCCGACCACGACGAAUACAUCUCUCAGAUCCGCGACUGCCAGUCCGAGUUGCUCGCCGGUAACUCGUAUGAACUAUGCCUGACGACCGAAGCAAGAAUUUCCACCCCAGCCACUCUCCCAUACAGUUCCUGGCUCCUGUACAAGAACAUCCAACGCCAUAACCCCGUCCCCUUCGCCUCGUAUCUACGUCUCAACAAAACGACCGUCCUGUCCUCCGCACCCGAGCAGUUCCUCUCCUGGUCAUCACGCACAUGCACCAUCGACAUGAUUCCCAUGAAGGGCACAGUGAAAAAGACACCUGAAAUGAACUUGGAAAAAGCCACUGCGAUAUUGACCUCUGCCAAAGAAAGCGCCGAGAAUCUCAUGAUCGCCGACCUAAUUAGGCACGAUCUGUACAGUACAGUAGGCCGUGAUGCACGGGUCGAAGUCGUCAAGCUAUGCGACAUCGUCGAGGCCGAGACCGUGUUUUCUCUUGUCUCGCAUGUUCGCGCCCACGUACCCACACCUGUACCCGGACCCAUAAAUUGCGAUCGAAAGCCCAAACAUUGGCAAGAAAUCAUGACGCGAUCCGGUAUCAAAGCGCUCAUACAGACGCUCCCGCCUGGAAGCAUGACAGGCGCCCCGAAGAAGCGAUCGUGCGAGAUCUUGCACCGUCUUGAACAACGCGAUCGCGGCGUCUAUUCUGGCGCCAUUGGAUACAUGGAUGUCGGCGGAAAUGGAGCAUGGAGCGUGUGUAUUCGCACAGCGUUUUCCAAUGAUGACAACGGCGACGAUGAUGGCCAGGCGAAUACGGCAGAAAAGCAAAAGACACAGACAUGGCGCAUUGGCGCGGGCGGCGCGAUCACCGUGCUCAGCGACGAGGAGCAAGAGUGGGAUGAAAUGAUGACUAAGCUCGACAGUGUCUUGCGCGGGUUUCGAUUCGAAUGA